AUGUACAAGUGUGUUUAUGGGGAAAGCAAGCUGAUGAACGAGUACAAGAAGCUUGCUCCUACGAGACCAAGGCAGCUCACUCCUGAAAUGCAAAGCUCGCUGGAUGCUGCUGAUAAACCAGAGAAACGAGGGAAAAAGGCUGAACGAAAAACUCCUUCCGCUCCUAAGAAGCAAAAGAUCAAGAAGAAGGCACACAAGCCUAAGGCUCCUUCUUCAAGUGAUUCUGAAUAUGUUCCAUCUGACCAACAACCCGAACCAGAGUCAAGUGAUAAUGAAGAGUCUCAACAUGAGAAUUCGCUCCAAGGUAAUUCGCCUCCUCCUUUAUCGGCUCAUCAAGGUAACCGAACCUCACCUCCUCCCUCUCCUAAUCAAUUUGUUCCUAUCACCAUUGCUCCAUUCCGUCCUCCCAUCUCUUCUUCAACCGCAACUUCUAUACCAAUCCCAAUCCCUUUAUUCACCGAAGUUACCAUUACCACCACUUCUACAACCGAACCUCAAGUUCAUGUCAACGUAUCUGAUGUGGGGGCACCUACUUCUGGAACCGAAAUUCCCAUUACCUCUAAACCUCAAUCUCCACCUCACUCACACGAAACUAACAUCGUUCUUGGCGGAGCAGAAAUGGAGUUUGAUUCUUUCUACUAUAGCCCUUACAGAGUUCAGAGUGAUGAUGAUGAUGAUGCUUCUAUAAGGAAGUGGCAUUUAAGGGAUCUUAAUGAGAAUCUUGACAAGUUACUUUCUUCUUCUUCUCAAACGCCAAGCGAAUCUUACUCUGAGGUCUCUAUCAAGGCAAUGUUGGCUACUUUUGUCAAGGAACAUGACUCUUCCAUUUCCAACGCUGCCAAAGACAUUGAAGCUUCCACCUCCUCUUUCCAGAAAGCAACAAUUGCUGCUGCUGCACAAAAGAACGCUCAAACAAUCACUGCCUCUGUUGAUAAUCUCACCACUUCGCUUCAAGCCGAGAAGAAGCACUUUGAAGAAGCCCGUCAAAGCCUAAAUUCUGAAAACACAGAGCUUCAAACAUUAAUCCAUGCCCAUCUUUAUAAACUCCAGGCUGAUCUUGCCUUGGAAAACAAAGUCAUGGAUGAACUUGCCCUCAAAACCACGAAGGUUAAGACUCAGGCCUUGAAGCUCACUCAGGCGCUCAAAGAAAUUGAUGAUCUCAAGACUCAUUUGAAGGACAAAGGCAAAAAGAGUAUCAGUGAUAAUGAUGAAGAAGGAACCGAAGAAGAAAUUGAAAUCGGUGAUGAGGAUGAAGGAAAAAUUGAAGGAAAUGCUCUCAAAAGAAAGCAAAAUAAUCGAGAUCUUGAAGAAAAACUUCACAAAGAUGAAGAAGAAACAGAGAGGGAAAGAAAAUUGAAAGAACUGAACGAUGCAUUGGAAUGUAUAAAAUCUCUAUUUCCUCUGUGGUCAUCGGAAAAACUUUUGAAAGAAGCAAUUGAGUCUCCUAGCACUCAUUGGCUCGAACCGGUCCUCUGUUUUUAUCAUGAGAAUUCCAGAGAUUCUAUGUUCGACAUGCCGAUUACCCGAAAGGUGUUCAUAUUUUAUUGCUUUGAGUCAAUGGUUGCUAUCCCCUCUCCAAACCCGAUGGUUGAUCGAGAUCUAAUUGAAUACUAUCUCGCUUUCUCUCAACCGCAAUACUUGACUUGGAGCAAACAAAAGAUCACGACAAGCAAGGUAUUGAAACCAACUUCAGCAGGGAAGUUUAUUAAUGUGAAAUUCAAAAGUGAGCUGAGGCUCAGACAACUUGGUUCAUAUGAUCUCUCUCGUUGA